AUGCUGUCCAUAGGUUCUGAGGACGAUGGGAGAAGGACGUUAGGGUUAGGUCCACGAUACAGUGGUCAGGGAGGGAUGGAGGAAAACGAGCUUGAAGAAGGCGAAGCCAUCUCCAGCUUGGAGUAUGACGCCAUCGUCGACCCAGAUGUCUCCCUUUCCUACAUUGUAAGAUUGCCUGCUGCCUCCCUCAUCAAUCGCCUGUUUCUUUUCAUGAUUGUUCCUACUAUUUUUCGGAUAUUGUUUUAAAUCCUGAGGCAUUAUUCGAUCAUAACUCUGGGUGCCUGUGUCCUUUUCUUGUUUAUAAUUUAGUCUUACAAAAAGAGGGCAGGGAUUUGGAAUUGAGGAAGGGGUUGCCUGAUUCUGAGUCGGGGAAAUUCUCUUCCUGGAAACUUUCUAUAAUUCAUCUUGAUUUUCUCACAAGCUACGAUAUUUCUGAGAUUGCAUUGUGCACUCAAUGCCCAAUAAUUUUGUUUCCUGUGCUAUCAUUGUCUUACCGCACAGUGUCAGCAGAAUCUGAAUUAAAUUGCUUUCAGGAUGAGAAGAUCCAAGUGGUACUGGGGCAUUUCCAAAAGGUCUUUGACGGUGAAGUUUCUCCAGAGAACUCUGGUAAGAUUAGCUCCACAGACCACUCUCCAUCAGAAACCUUGAAUCUUCACCGGGAAAUGAUUUCAGACUGAGGAAAUUUCCUUGUUCAAUAGGAGCAAAGUUGGGUGAAUAUGGCUCAUUCCUGCCGGUUUAUCUGCGCUUGCCGUCUGUUUGGUCUCAACCUAGGGUUCCGGGAAAGGUAACGGAGCGUAAUACAUCAACAUCUGUCCACAACCCACCUACAGAGGUAUUUGGUUUAUUCCGUUCUUUUUUAUCAUCUUUUAUUUUUUUUUGGAGAAUGAGAUGCUUGCUUCUAUUGUUUAUAUUACCUGUGAGUUUUUUUUUUGUGACCCCUCUAAUACUAUUUGUGGCCUAUGUUCCAGAACACAGCAGCUUCAAUAAGUCCAUCAGUUCCUUCAGGAAAUAAUUCGGUUCCAGUUCCAAAGCAUCUGGAUGAUACAAAGAGAAAUAAGACUUGCACAAGUGCGCACAAUGUAGAGGAAUUGACUCCCCAAAAUGGUUCGACUAAUAAAUCUCAUAAUAAAGGCAAAGAAAAUAAUUUGCUGAAGGUUCGCAUCAAAGUGGGGUCUGGCAAUGUCCUGCUGAGGCCCCUAGCUGCAAUUUACAGUGACAUGGGCCUGGACUAUUCUCCAUCUUCGUCACCAGAAGAUAGCCCUGGUAUAAGUGGAGGGAUUUCCCUGGGCAAUUCCCCUGGUGAUUCUCCAAUGGCUGCUUUCCAGGUCAGUGCCCAAUCAUCUCUCUUCACUGAAUGAUGUUUUGUUGGAUUUAGUACAUCCUUGUGUCGAUCAUCUCUCUUGAUGUUUUCUUUCAUGUUAUGGAACAGAUUAUGACUUGCUUCCCAGUUUCCGAUGGAUAUGUCCUUUCACCUCUCCCUGAGAGCAUGUUGCACUUGAUGGAAAAUGAAAGCUUAUACUUGAAGAGCCAGAAAUCGGGCACUUCUGCUUUUGGCGUGGAAGUCUUGAAGAGUGAUCAUUUACCUGCAAAUGGAAAAAUAUCGUUCAGAAAAAAGGUCAAAAACGUCAAAGAUAAAAUGACGUCCUCAGAUCUCACUAAUUCAAACCGCAGAGGAAAUCUGAGGACCAAGGCUGAUGUUGACAUCCCAGUGGGUCGGGCACUUGUCUCCGAUGCCUUAUGCACUCCAACACGAUCCAAUUCUCAUGUUUCGUAUGAGAAAUCAGAGAGAAUAAUACAGGAAGUGACAGGGGAGGAUGCUGGCAGGAUACGUGAACCCAAGAAUGCUUUCAGCAAGGACAAAACAUUUUUGCCUUAUUUAUCAGAUGAUGAACUAUUGGAGGUUGUGGCCAGUUCGGACGCUAGAAAGUUUGGUGAGGUAGGAGAUGACUCCGUUCAGCCGAAGGGGAAGCUGAGCUCUAAAACACGUUCCACGGACAGGACGUGGGAAGAAGACAAAUUGAAUGACCAUAAAGUUGCUCAAUGUAGUCCAUACAUCAAAGGCGCAGGAAGUUCAGGGAAAAACUGUGUUGCAAUUAAUUCUUCCAAUGAGAAACUGAAGGUAGUGAAGGAUGGCAUCGCUGAUCCCUCAGCACCUGACAAAUUGAUACCUCUACAACAUUCUAGUUUGAACGAAGAUGGUGAAAUUAACUUUGAAGAAUCAGGAACGAAGAGAAGAUCAAAGGGAUGUGAAAUCAAUGAUGCGAGGCAUACUGAGAAUCCAAAGGAGAGCGUUGAAGCUUUGUCUUCUGCAGAAAAAAAGAAAAGGACACAGUCUAAAAGAGAUCAUUCUCUGGAAAAACAAAAUGCGGUGAAAUCCCUCAAGGAGUUGAGUAAAAGCGUUCGUAAAGAACUCCAUAGGGAUUCACCGAGUGAAUCGAAAGCUGCAAAAAUCGGAUGCAGAACUGAUUCAACAGAAUCUCCAUUCAGAGAAAAGGUGAAGGCAAAUGAAAAGGAUUAUUCUGGAUUUUCUGAGAAGUCAAAUGAGAGUCAGAGUGCUAAGAAAGCAGAAUGUCCUCCACAGUCUGAAACACACGGAAAGGACUCAGAAAUCGUGCAAUUGAUGGUCAAUGGCCCAACUACGAGUGCAGCUGCAGCACCUUCGUCUCAUGUCGUUAUUGAGGACAAUUGGGUUUUGUGUGACAAGUGUCAGAAAUGGCGCUUGUUGCCUUAUGGGACAGACCCUACUCAACUUCCUAGGAAAUGGCUCUGCACAAUGCUUAAUUGGCUGUAUGUCCUUCUUAUCUUUCACUGAAAGAUUUAUUUUUAUGGCACACACUGUUUAUAAAUAUUAACUUGCAUGAAACAUGCAACUUAACAAUGAGUAUGAAGAUCAAGAGUUCAACAAUUAUGCUCAAGUAUUCUUCAACCUUAUCCUGUUUGCAUGAAUAUAUUUCGCGAUUUAAUAUUUAGUUCUUUCCCUGUGCUCAAUUUUUCCAGGGUAUGCACUCCUGUCCUGGGGUCUUUUGAAAUUGGUUUCUUAUUAUCUUACAAUAUGUCCAUGUAGGCCGGGAAUGAACAAGUGUUCUAUCAGUGAAGAGGAGACAACUAGAGCUUUACAUGCUUCAUACCAGGCCCCAUUAGCAGAGAAUCAAAUUACUUUAAAUGCUCCUGGUAGUCAAGCUGCAUCUGGAGCUUUCUUCAUCAAUGGACAGUAUGCGGAUCAAAAUCAUCACACGGGUUUCCAACUGGCAGCAGACUAUGGAAAGAAAAAGCAUUCUACGAAGGAUGUCCCUUCCCAUGGGACACAGCUUGCAGACUGUGUUAAGAAUCGACAUGCCUCCUUCGAAAGUGUAAGCUUGACUGAGAAUCAAGUUAACUCCAAUGGAUCAAGCAAAUACUCUUUUGAGCAUAUGAGUAAAUCAGCUGAAUUCAAUUUCGAAAAGGUCAAAGAAAGAGGAAAGAAGAAGCACAGAACUAUUGAACAAUGCUCAACUGGAGGUUUUCUCUAUUGCGUUUCUAUUUUCCUUUCUUAUGAUUAGUUGCAAUUACUUUAAAAACUCUUCAUCUUGAAGCUAACAACUGUAAGUUUCCUUGUAGGUGAGGUUAUUGAGCGAAAUGGGCAGAUUUCGAAGUCCAAGAACAAGAAAGGCUCUGAUCAAGAUGGUCAUAGAGUUUCUAAAAAAGUCAAGGUAGAGGGGGCGUAUAAUGUUGAUGAAGAUUGGUAUUCUGAUCACAGAAAAUCAGCAUCAAUGACAAGUAGCGGUAUAAUAUCUAAAUCCCUCAAUAUUUCUUCAUCUAAGGAUUCGAAAACAGUUCUAAAUGACAGUGACGGCUCGAGAAAAAAAUCUAAAGUUCAUGUAAAGGUUUCAUUAAAUGGAGACUCUAAGGAGAACUCAAGUGCUUGCUAUGGGGAAAAACUUGAUAAAAAAGAUUAUUCUGGAAAGAAGCGGAAAGAGGCGCGACUGGAUUACAAGUUCCAUGCUGAGGCUGCGGGAAGUAAUAAGUGUCUCCUGGAUGACGGCGUUAGUGUGAAGGAAGAGAUCAGUAGAAGCGAGUCACGGAAGGAAAAGAAGGCCAGGAUCUCAAAAAUGGAGGAAAGGGGGGCCUUUAAGAUUAAGAUGGACGACGAAAUGGAACGAAGGAACCGAGGGAUGAGAAUUUCGUCACCUGGUGGCAGGGAACGCCCACAUAAUGGAAUGGAAAAUGAGAACAAGCACAUAACUGAGGUUGAAGAAAAAGACCAGUUUCAUGUUUUUGCAGAAUCUGAAAAGAACUUGAGUUAUUUAGGCUCAAAAAGGGAUUUGUCUGAUGUACAGCCCUCUACAGCAGCUACCUCAAGCUCAUCAAAGGUUUCAGGUUCAUCUAAAAAUAAAUCAAACUUUCAGGAAACGCGAGGAUCUCCAGUGGAAUCUGUUUCUUCAUCUCCUCUGAGGACUUCCAAUGCUGACAGUAUUCUUUUCAAGACGAAUGCUGUGGGAACAGAUGCUACUAAUGCUGGAUUCUCUGUCCUGGGGAGUCAAAGAGGGUGCUCCAAUGGUGAAGUUUUUGGUGCUAUUGACAAAUCUGUAAACUCUAGUAAGGGGAAAUCCUCUCCAUUUGUACAUAAUGGAUCAUUGAAAGAUUACCAGGAUGCAGAUUUCGAGGUUAUGAAUACUACAAAAAGAACAUCUGGCUAUAUGGACAAGAAAUCGUCUCCAUUAUCAUUCGGCAAAACAAAAGAUGGAAUGUGCUUGAAGUCGUUCCCUGAAUUUGAGGAAAACAUUAUUGUUGCCGGUAAUGAUAUUCAGUGUAGAAAUCAUAUUCUCAAUCAGGAAAAGCAGAAUUAUCGCAAUCAGUCUAAUGGAUCUGGUCAACAGAAGUCAUUAACGAGCUCUCUUUCACGAGCUAAAGAGAAACAUAAAAGUUCUAAUUCUGGUGUUGACAAAUAUGAAGACAAGAUCUCUGAUUCUGUUAACGAGAAGGAAGGGCUAUGCUCAACCGAGAAAAAAAGUAGCGUCAGGUAUGAUUCUGACUUGGAUUCUCGUAGUCGUUCUGCUUAUCAGGAAGAUUUAAGGGAUGGAAAUUAUAGAAUUGUAGAAAAGAAGGAUGAGAGAAGAGCAGAGUCAGUGGGAAAAUUGUCCAGCGAAGCGACAAGGGACGUUAAAUUGAAAAAAUCUGAAGUUCAGGCAAGUUUGGGGACGAAUAACCUGCUGGUGACGCAUGAGAGAGAUCUCCACUCCAGAGCGAGUGAAGCAGUAAGCGACUCUUCUAAGACAAACAAGCAUUCUCAAUUGAAUAAGUCCUCGACAACUCCUUGUGAAGAUAGAAAGUCGUCAAAUUUCAUCACACGGGAUCAACCUGAAAAUUUAGAGACAACACCUGUGAGAGGAAAGUCGCAGGCUCUCCCACAUUCUGGAGACAGUAAUGUUACUCCAUUUGAAGACUCUCAAACUACUCCGGUACGUACAAAGGGAGGUAAGCCAGAAAUGUCAUCUGUCAAUGCAACGACCAGGAAUGCAAAAUUACUCGAACAGCCUAGAAAUCCCAAUAGUCUGAGGCUCCCGAUCACUCAUGGUUUCAAUGCCCCAAGUCCCGUUAGAAGGGAUGGUAACCACUCUGCUGCAAGUGUUUUGAAGGAAGCCAGGGACUUGAAACAUACAGCCAACAGAUUAAAGGUUUGGAUAGCUAUACUUGCCCUCUUUGUGAAGUAAGUAUCAUUUGCUUGAUCUGAUAUUAGCUGUUACGCUAUUGGCAGGCUGAAGGACUGGAACACAAGAGCACUGGUCUGUACUUUGAGGCUGCAUUGAAGUUUCUUCAUGUGGCUUUCCUUCUUGAAUUCUCCAGUGCUGAAAGUGGAAAACAUGGGGAAUCAACACAGGCAAUGGCUAUGUAUUCAGAUACAGCAAAACUUUGCGAGUAAGUGAACUGACAAAAGCUUAUGCAGCUGCCUUAUUUCCGACUUGUAAUCAUUUCCCAAGGAACUGCUGCUACUUUUCUGAAAAGCCUCUUUGGGUAGAGACUCAUCAUAUCGACAUGGCCUCAAAUGCUUCCUGGUGUAAACUUAAAAUACUUCCUUGCUGGAGAAUACAUGCAGUUCAGGGCAUUUUCCGGUCCCAGUUGUCUUAAUUUAUUCAGUUUAUUUAUCCGUUUAUUUUUUGCCAUAACCUUAGAGCCUGUUAAGAUGAUGGAAAUAUUUGUGUCCUUUUCAAUCAAUUAUUAUAAUCAUAGAUAGCAUUUAGAUAAUUGAUGUGAGCAGUUUUAUGUUUUGAAUGUUUCCAACCAGUAGUUUGAGUAUAAGUUGGGCUUACAUGCAUCAAAGGAUACCUUUGGUUACCUUGCCACCUUGACAACCCCGGCCAGUAAAAAAAAAAAAAAAAAAAAGGUUGUUUUAUGGAGCUUGUUAUUUGGUUCCUUGAAGCAGUGCCACCCAACUUAUUUAUCUCUUAUGGAUAACCAUUAUACGGUGGUUUCUCCUUUAUAUGACUGCAAACCUGGACAGCAAAUAUAAAAGCUCAAGUGAUGAUGCAAACAGUUACUUUUUUAGGCUUUUGACCACCCUCAUAAAACUGUCAAAAGUUCCUACAAUAGUAGAGAAAUUGGUAGAAUAACCGAUGGGUGAUUCUUUUUAAUGCCAUAUUCGAAUCCAUUUAGUAUUCUUCGCAGUAAGUGUAAAGUACUCCCCCAUGGGAACAUAGGUACAUUUGAACACGCAUUGAAAAUUUGUUCAUCAUAGUUAGUUGAAUGUAAAGCGUGAUCCCUGGCGUCUGUUAUUCCAUCUUUCUUAUAAAAUUUCCUAUUUUUAAUGGAGAAGAGUCAGUCCUGAUGUUAUCUUAGCAUGAACCUUUUACAUAGGUUGGAUUCCGUGAUCCAUAAGAGAAUAAAGAAUGGAAAUUAGUGAACUCUUACCUGAAUGCUUCAAAACUUUAUGAAACAUUCAUUUAUCGACUCCAUGUCCUAUAGUUUAAUUAUGUGGUGACCAGGUUAAUAUUAAUAGGAAAAAAAUAUCUAUUCGUGAACCAUUCGGUUGUGUAAGUUAUUUUUAAUUAAUUAGCUUAAGUGAAAUGCAGAUUCUGUGCUCAUGAGUAUGAGAGGCGGAAAGAAAUGGCUGCUGCAGCAUUGGCAUACAAAUGCAUGGAAGUGGCGUAUAUGAAAGUUGUUUUUUCCAAACAUUCCAGUGCAAGUAAAGAUCGGCAUGAACUGCAGACAGCUCUCCAGAUGGUGCCUUCAGGUAUUGAACCAUACUGUCUCUUGAUCGUCUGCUGCUCUCCUAGACGUCUAUUUUUUUUCAGAGGAUCGUACUGCUAUGCCUUCUCCCAGCAACAAGUGUUUUACUGGAAACCCUGUGCUGCCAACAUACAGUGUUCAUGUUGGCAUGUUUGAUUUGCAAGAGUUUGUGCAUCAAAUUAUCAUAAUGUAUAUUUCAGAAAAGGUUUAUGGAUAAUUUGUGAGUAAAGUUCGCACUCUAUGAAUAGAUAUUUAGCUUCAUACUUUGGUGAACUACUUUAUUUUUCCAAGUCAUCAAAUGUGGUUUCUAAUCUAGGUUUGUGUGUAGCCAAUGCAUGUUUUAGGCUGAUUUAUUAUCAGAUAAAUUCAUUUUUUUUAUUCGUUUCCGUUUAAAUCCUGCCCACUGGGCAAAGAGUGUUUCACAUCGAAGUGGAAUGUUUGCAAUGAUUAACAUUGUCUACAUUUUCCCAGGUGAAUCACCGUCCUCCUCAGCUUCAGACAUUGAUAAUUUGAACAAUCAGAGUACGGCUAAUAAAAGUGCUUCACUGAAGGCUGUCAACCCCCACCAAAUGGUUGGCACACAUGUCAUUGCUGCACGUAAUCGUCCCACUUACAUGCGGCUUUUGGACUUCGUAAGUGCUUUUUUUAAACGCCAGAUCCUUUGUUGAAGAGAAUCACAUGUGAUAACUUAUUCGACUUCUCUUUUGUGUGUACGGUCUAAUCGACAUUCCAUGAAUCAGUCAGUUCAUAGAGUGUUUACCAUUCAUCGAAUCUUGGUAGCCCAAGGGUUUUGCUCGUGAAAAAUAUUGGAAUACUCGGUUGAAAUUAAUAAAAAGAGAAUUUCUGGAUUAAAAUGUUUAUUAUUGUGUGCAUGUGUGGGAAGGAGGGGGAUUCUGGUCACCUGAGUGAAACUUAGCAGUGACAAUAGUUUUGCCUUUCUUCUUUUUAAGUUUAAAAGUACCCAAUUCAACCUGGGAGCUACGAUGACAUCUCUAAAUGUUUCAUCAUCAACAUCAAUAAAUUCUCGUUUCCAUUAUUUAGUGAAGAAAUUGAACACAGAACAGGAAGGACUAACCAUGUUAAAUUAUCCAUUUCAGUGAAUGAGUUUUUGUUGAUUUACCAACUGUUACAUAGUGGUAUAAAUGCUGGAUAAUUAGACUAGUACGCUGCAUUCUGCUUCUUUUAGAAAGUUACAAUCAUAUUUCUGUCUUAGACAACAUUGAUGUAUGCGUGAACUGAUGCGAUACAGCAUUUUCCAUUGAGUGUGAUAUGAGUAAGAUUUCAGCAUCUAAUAACAUAUAUUAAUUGUUUUAUUUCCAGGCACAUGAUGUGAAUUAUGCAAUGGAAGCCUCAAGAAAAUCGCAGCAUGCAUUUACAGCUGCUAAUGCUUGUCCAGAAGAGUCACAAUAUGGGCCUGAAGGAAUCGCUUCUGUGAGAAGAGUCCUUGAUUUGAGCUUCCAUGAUGUGGAGGGACUAUUGCAUCUUGUACGACAGUCUUUGGAUUCUAUCAGUCGUUUGCUCAACCAUUCUUGA